AUGGCUGAAAAUCGAGCAUCCUCGUUACUCCGAACUGGGAGUAAGAAACCUGCGAAUGAACGUGAACAGUUCAUUCCUCUUUGGCAUAAUUAUGUCGUUGUUGGAUGUUGUAUAGCUCCGAGCUCUACUGGUUUACGGAUUUCAAAAUCUCCAGAUACGCGCUAUCAGCCUGGGUUUCAUCUACAAAAGCAUUCACCUGACUUUUCAACAAAAGGGGAUUCUAAUGAUUAUGACAAUAAUCGAUCUACUACUCAAUCAGACGAAGUAGUAAAUCAAACGACUGAUUUGAAUGCUAACUCAUCGUCUAAUCGUUCAGCUGUAUCUAAUUCUCCAUGUACUAAUUGGUCUAAUUCGCCAGAUUUAAAGUAUUCAACAUCAUUUGGAAAAGUGAACGCUAGAGAUUUGGUCAAGUUGCUAGUACCUUUGCUUAGAUGUGAACAACCGGAAAUAAGAGAUUCAGCUAUUGGUGGUCUUGGUCGGAUAAAUCCGGCUGCUUUCAGAGAUGUCCUUGAAGACUUGCAACCGUUGCUAAAAGAAUCUUUCGAUCGAAAACAAGAGAAUUUACGCCGUCGACGUCGACGUGAUGGUUUACGAUCUGCUUUAGUUAAAACUCUUUCUCUUAUGGCACAGACUGGUGUAUUUGCAUAUCCCGAAUCAAAUAUAGUCACACCUCAAGGGUCUUUAAUUUGUCAGCUUCUUGAUUACAUGGAUGGAAUGAGAGGUUAUUUAGAAUCAGUUUCAGACCAGUUAUUAAGUCCAAUCAAUUAUACGCAUCAAUUAUCUACAUCGUUAAAUCUCUUAGUUUCUAUACCAUCUGGUUCUACUUCUCAACAAGUUACUACAGUUGGAAGUAUUUCAAGCAAUCAUCAAGUGGGUGGAUCUAUUAGCACUAAUUCUGUAAUUGCUUCUUUAUCUACUCCUACAACUACUGGACCUUCAUUAACUAGUUAUUCAUCGGAAUUUUAUCUAUUGGGUGAAAUUCGCUUGCAUUUUUGUAUUUUUAUUAAAGAGCUAAUUCGACGUUUACCAAAACAGAAUCGUACAACUUUAUUGCCUCCAACAUUAAGGCAUCAAUUAUUCAUUUUGUUGUCUCAUUGGAGUGCUCAUUUUGAUCAUAUCAUGGGAACGUACUUAGGGUCUGAAGGCCCGGUGCUUACUGAAUCUUAUUCUUUUGAUUCAAAUGAAAAUAUGGUUGGACAAUCGUCUAGUCUAAAUGGGAUAGUUGGUUUUUCUCCAUCAAAUGAAAUGCCUCACGGAAUUGUUGGGAUUCACCAUCAGUUAUCUAAUGAUAAUUUCCUACAAUCUCUCAAUAGCCUGGGUGUUAACAGUGUUCCAUCUUCUGGUUCUAUAGAAUGUAAUGCUAAUAUGAGUGUUUCAUCAACCCAAACCACUCAGAGUCCUACAAUUCAACAGAAAACCUGUGAAAGCGAACAAAUUGAUAUGAGUGAAUAUGUGGAAUAUUGUUUAUGGAUUGAUUUAAUUUGGUUGUCAAAUCAAGCUAUGGCAGCUUUGGUAUGUUGUGGACCAAUAUUUGAUCGUUCUGCCUUGCUACCGCAAGACAGUGGAAAAUUAAACCAGGUAAUCCCAGGUGUGGGUUCAGACGCAUCAACUGUUUCUGGUCCAGAACGUUUGAAUAGUGGUUCAGGUUCAAAUGUUCGCACUCCUAGCUCUGGAUAUGUGGUUCGUUGGAUUUCUGGACUUCUCGUUGCACGUGAUACUGCUCUCAGUUCAAGUCCGUGGCUAUGGUUUUGUCCCAUUACAGGACGCGGUCUUUUGCAUAGUACUUUAACUCCUGGAGGCGCAUCAUUGUGUGGCAAUAGUCAUACACGUUCUCGCAUAAUAGCAGCUGGUGGUGGUCGUCGAUUAGAUUCUCUACUUCGACAACUAGGUGAAGAAACUUUAGUCCUUAUGUUAGAUUUCAAUUCUGACAAUACCGGUCUCUUCAACUGGGUAAUUGAUCAGUGUUAUACUUCAUCAAAUAUAUCAUUGUCUACAGCAUGUUUUGAAUGCAUUUGCCUCAUAAUGAGUAAUAUGCCGAAUUUCGCUUGUGAUUUUAUUGCUAUGAUCACUUUAUGCUUCGUUUUUAUUGAUCAUCCUUCAAGAUUUCUCUCUGACAGAGCUUUCUAUUUACUGCGAAUUCUUUACCAGCGUUUUAUCAUAGAACCUGGCGAAAUUCUAUUUAAACAAGCACAUCCAACGGAAAUUGAUAAAUCAUUUGUUCUCAACGAAGCAGCUAAUUCUCAAUCAUCCCCAACUUUGUGCAUACCAGGGGAUUGUGACUGUUUUCAGUUGUGUAAAUGCCUGCAAAUAAAUAAACUAUUUUAUAAUUCUUUUAACCGUUGGUCUCCUUGUGAAGUUGUGAGACAGUUUUCCGCUCAACAUCCUGAGUUUACGAUCACUAUUUUUUCGGAGAUUUCUAAACGUCUCGAAAAUGCUAGAGAGGGUUUACGCAUCCCGUUAUUACGUCUACUUUCAAUUUGGCUUGUCAAUGUGGAACUUGUAGAUCUUGUGGAAGGUGAUUUAUUCGAUACAACAAAUCAUAAUAUGGAUAAAGACGAUGAUGAUUUUUCCGAUAUAGAUAAGGAUAAUUAUGUCUGUCGGUCAAAUAACUAUGAAAAAUCUGAACCUGUUGGAAUUCCUACAUCUAAAGUUUAUAAUACCACCAGUUUAGUUGGGACAUCAGAACAGCAGCAAAGAAAAGAUUGUCCUGAACAUCGUACUCGUCCAUCAAAACGUUACAGACGUUCAAAAAGCCUAUUAAAUUCGGAAUUACUUUAUGAUCAUGAGGAUGCUGACGCUGAUUCAGAUAAUAUUAUUGAUGAUCGAAAUUUCAAAUCACUAACACUGUUGCGAAUGCGUGCACGUCAAACUAUGCUAGAUGAACAUGCGGACAUUUGUAGUCCUCGAGCAUGCCAUAUUCAUAAUCAUUUCAAGAAGAAUGGAUGCAAGUAUAACGAUAAUAAUAAUAAUAAUAAUAAUAAUAAUAAUAAUAAUAAUAAUAAUAAUAAUAAUAAUAAUAAUAAUAAUAAUAAUAAUAAUAAUGAUCUACAUUGGUCAACUGUACCUCCUACUCUUCGUUCUAGAGGAUGGGGAUCGAAAAAAGCCACUGAAUUCGUGCUUACAAAUCUUUUCUACUUAUCCUUAAGGCUUGCUGAUUGUCCAACUUCAUCUGAGGUACUAAAACAACUUUGGUUGACUUUAAUUCGCUACCGGUCAACGAAUUUACGUGUGAUUCUUCGAUAUCUUAUUAUUAUUACUUCUAUUGCACCUGGUACUCUGUUAGUACAUGUUAAACGUCUCCUUACGUAUCUGGCUUCUGAGCAAGCUGAGCGUGUCAUAGGAGAACUAAUGGUCGAAAUGCAGACUAUUGAUGGUAUUGGUCUAGUUGUUGAACCCAUAUCUAGUCUGCCAUUCUUUCGAGUUAGUACUUCUACUCAACAUCAUCGUCAGUCAAUCGAAAAACUAAAAUCUCACGGAUUUCAGUCAUGCGUUCCAAAUAAUUCAUCAUCGAAGACUGCGAGCAAUUCUAGUCAGAGAGUUAAUGAUCGUUUACUAGUUAAUCAAGAAGGAAUCGGACAACCAGAUGAUGAAUUAGUUGCACUCGGUUUAGGUAGUAAACCUUGUUCUAACACAACGGCGCGAGUACGAACAUUACAUAGUGCUAUUGGAGGAAGUUAUGAUUAUCGCAAUAUCGAUUUUAAUUUGAAUGUGAAGUCUCCUUCAAAUGCAACAGUACGUCCAAAAUCAGCUACAUGUCAACCAUCUACUGUCACUAUAUCUACUAAUAGACCAAAUCAACAAACUACCUUAAAUGAAAGUAGAAUACAGUUUACAACAAUAUCAUCCACUUCAAAAGAUAAUAACAAUUGUCACAGCUCUUCUGAAUCACCACAAUCAGAGAAAUCCCGUGAAUCAGCAGCAGCUAUAUCUAACUACCAGCUAGUUGAAGGAAGUGAUGGAGAGCCAGAAAUAGAUCUUGAUUCAUUUGAAGGUUUCACUAAGUGUGGAUCAAAUUUGGAUGAUAAAUAUGCUACUCUGCGCGCUAAAGAUAUUGCAAAUUUACUCACACUACCUAACCCGAAAGACUUGCAAUCAAGUGAUUCUGAUUCUAAUUGUGAUAUACCUAAUCUAUAUAGGCGCGGCACAACAUUUCCCAUUAUUUCUGAUGCCUACGAACGAUCUGUCUUUUCAUCUGUGCCAUCUAAUCCACUGAAUGAAACCAACUGUUUAUCAACCGCUGGCAGAAUUUCAAGACAGCCGAAAUAUUUAAAAGAAUACAAAGAAAAACGAUCUAGAUGGUCUAACAAUUCGAAAGUUGAUGCUGUUGGAUCAUCGAGAUUAGACCCUUUUCACCAUUCAGCUUCAUUGCCACCCAGUUUUGCUGCCCUCCCUCCACUACCUUUACCACUUCCUGCCAGCAUUUCUUCCAUCCUAAGUCUUUCCUCAAGAGGAUCUACAGGAUCUAACACAUGUAUAUUGUCGAUAUCUCCUGUCACUGUUGAUAGAAAAAGCACUACCAGUUCUGAUAAAUCGGAUAUUAAGCCUUGUGUACGUAGAAGUUCGAACGUGGAAGUAAGCCAUUUGAGCAACAGAUCAUACCUUGACUACAAUUGUAAGCCACUCCCUAUGCCUGCAAAUGGAGGCUAUCAAGCCCCUCUUGGUUUAUGGUUGUCUGAACCUUUGGUAAUUGGUGGGUCAGUUGUUUUCAGUGGUAGUUGGCCUCCUGCAGGACCUAGGGCACCUUUAGUUCUAAUAUUGGCCGGUGGUUUAACUCAGUCAAGAGAUAUUCACGUAGAUUGGAGUGAACAUCUACCUUUAAUGCUUCUUGGUGUAUUUCUUGGUAUUGACCACUGUCGUGCACUUGUACAAGAAGAAUCUAAACACUUGCUAGUAUCCUUGUUAGAUCAAGUGUGUCCACACCAUGAUAUUCUUCGUUUGUUACGACUUGAAUUAGAAGCCAAUCUUCAUCGUCUUGCUUAUCCCUCUGGUUUUCCUGGUCCUCGUGUUCAAGACUAUCGUUUAACGUUAGAUGGUGGGCCAUAUCGUGAAAAGUUCAGCAUGGUCAUUAAUCCCUUCGAUUCUAUUGAAAGGGAUCAGUUGUUUCCUUCACCACUCGUUUCUUGUACAACCACUAAGCAUGAUGGAAAUAGUGACUUCAAGAGUAGGUCGCCAGCUGAAGAUGAAGAUAUUCUACAAACGACAUCAUCUGAUCUAAUACCACUGAAAGAUAUUAAUGUUACGACUAGCUCAGCUGCCAGUCCUUCUUCACCUAGCAUUAGUCCACCAAUAGUUGAAAAUUUUCAAACCCAUCCAACUCUAUUAACCAACCAAGGUCGAUUGAGUGGUUCAAUGUUUAGUCUUACUAGUACUGCAACUUUAAUUCCACGUCAUCAUGAAAGUAAUCUCUUUGAAUCACACGGUUGCAAUGACUCAAUAAUACCUAAACGCAAUUCAGUCUGUUAUAACUUAAAUCCAAAUAAUUCAGAGAAGGAAGUUUUACGUAAUAAAACACUUACAAGUGCUGUUAGACCUUCAUCUGUUUAUUCUAAAUCACGGUCUUCAAAAUCUAUGGCUUCGAACUGUGUCCCAUUCAAUAACCAUUGUUCAUUAAGAAUUGAGAAAACUAAGAGAAUUAAAAAAUCUGAUCUUAAACUAUUAGAAGAAGCUGUUCAACAGCUUAAAAGUUUACUUUUGAAUAGUUGUGGACAAGCUAUAUGGACGUGGGAAGAUUUUAACAUACAACACAAUUCUUUUAGUACCACAUUUCAGUAUUCUUAUCAAAAUGAAUUUCAUCAGAUUAUUAACAGCGAGAAAGUAGAAAAUAAAGAGUCAGUUAUAAAAUCAAUGACUAAUGUUAACUCUUUGGAACAACUUGUUAAACUUGUUGCUCGUAUACUAGCCUUAUCUGAAGCUGGUUCUGAACAGGCUGAAAAAUGUUUGCAGUGCUUACAUGGUCCACCACAUGAUCAUAAUAGCCAGAGUUUAACUUUUGCAGAUGAUGAUUACAAAGAUACGAUUAUUGAUCAUUCAAAUUAUUGUAUGGUUGCACGUUUAUCUCGAAUUGCUUUGAAUACUGGUUUAUCGUGUCCUAGUCGACAUCUUGCUAGUCGUUCUUUACAAAUUCACCGUGCUCUUGGUGGUCAUUUAGACAAGAAAUCUUUUUCGCAAUUGUUAGCUAGAUUAGGUGAAACAGUAUCUGAUGGGAGUGAAGAAAUACAGGGUUAUGUCGCUGAACUUUUCCUCACACAAGAAGCAGCUAUUCAUCAUUUGAAAUCAAAAAGUGAUAGUUUGCUGGAAUCUGCGUCUUAUUUUACCUCUGAACCUACCUCACCAUCAUCUAGUUCACUUAAUGGGAGUGGACGUAAAUCAGUACAAAAUAUAGUUUCAAUAUCAGAUCGUCGUCAUUUUCAUCGUCAUUCAAAAUCUUCAUCUUUAAUUGGAAAUCGGCCAUGUCAUUUAAGUUCUGUUAUGCCUAUCAAUGAUUGUGGUUUAUCUAAAUUAACUCAAUCAACCUCUCCAAAUUUGGAGUAUACAUCAUCAACCUUAUCAUUUCCUUCGGAUUCUAAUCACUUAACAAAAAUAUCUGGUACUUCAAAUACAUCUACACCUAAGCCAAAUAAUAACAACACUAAUAAUAUAUGCCUGUUACCUCCAGAAGAACGUGCUGAUCUGAUUAUUGGAAUCUUUUGGACCGGUGUUUUACUCCUGGAAUCAGAUUUUGAACAUGAAUAUUUGGUUGGUUUAAAACUCUUAAAUUUAGUUAUUCCGAGUGUUUGCACAUCAAAUUUAAGCCAAUCAUCCAACUGUUCGAAAAUAAAUUUGAGUGAUAGGGCACAAAAGAUGCUUAACCAAUUACAAUGGAAUCCAUGUUUUCCUGGAAUACUUAGUUUGGUGAUUAAAGGUUGUUCUUCACCAAAUCUUGUGGAUCAGUCUUGUCGAUUACUCGUAUCAUUAAUCCCGUUUCUCACUCAUCCUCUGAUAGUACCAACUGGACGUAUGGGGUUAUCUAUUCAAUUAUCAUUUCCUAUUGUUCUUCUUACUCUUAUGCCUAUGUUAAUAACCGCUUGGGAUGAAGAUCCAUCUACAUCAGUCCCUGUAAACCCAUGUGAUACUAAUGCUGAACAACUUAGUUUCCUACAGGGUGGUUUUCUAGGUAGAGGUAUAUGUGGAUCGUCAAAUGUUAUUCCUCGAGCACUUGGUUCAUGGACGUCGUGUUUUUGUACUCCAUACACGGCGUAUACGAAUCCAAACAUAGCAUCUAAUUCGAAACUAAGGACAGACAGUAUCGGGCUGUUUGGUAAUUGUCCAUCAAACAGCCUUGGCACUUUCAGUGCUCAUGAAUUAACGUUGAACUUAAACUCAAUAGCUACAGGAAGCACUAGUCGCGACACGCAAUUGAAUUCGAAAUCACCAAUUUUACGACCAAAGAACCCUAUUUGUAUUCAGGCCGCCGAAUCACUUGCUCAGGCUGCAUUAAAAACUGAUCCAAUCCAAUUUACAAAUCUAGCACUGAUUCUCCGUCUUUAUGCUUCUGGUAGUUUUUCCAAGGACGUUGAUCAAUGGAGUCGAUGUGUUAUAUGCUAUUUAUUAGAAGGUUGUAGCUCAAAUAUAUCACGUUUGCUGAAACAUAUCAACAUGCUCUUAACUUCUGGACCACCUUGUCUCCAGUUACCUUUGCUUAAAGUGGCUCACUUGUUUUUACAACAAGUUGAUAUCAAUCAACGAGACAUGGAAUACUCAUUACAAAAUUUUAUUACGUCGAUUGUUAACCAGUUUAUUGGAACAUGUUUAUGGACCCAUGUUAUUCCAAUUUUACAAGUUACCGUUUCACGUUCAGCUGUAUUAAACUCUGUUCCAGAAACACCUGCAUACACUUUACCUGGUUUAGAUCCUUCAGGUAGUGGUCGUGUAUUAGAUUAUGCAAUCGCUUCGGCAGCAGUAGCUGUUCCAUUACCAGACAGUGAACCUCCUAGAUUAGAACUUGGUGGUCCUGUGUUAGAUUUCACUUUUAAUGUUCUUCAAGAAGCCCCAUUAUUAGCUCCUCAGUAUGCCCCAAUCUCUUCAUCGCAUUCAACUUCUGAAAAUAUAUCUAAAGUGGAUAUUCCAACAUUUGAUCAUAAUUCAUCAUCAAAGGGCACUAAAAAAGAUUUUAUUGAUGUUAGUGAUAUUGGCCUAACUGAAAUAUUCGUAUCAGCAUCUAAUGGGUGGAAUAAGCCAGGAAACUCUCAGAUACGUUUGCGUGAAAAGCUCUAUUGUUUAGUCAGUUGUUAUGGACUUCCUCCUCAACAGUGUAUCAGUGCUCCAAGAAGUCCUUCGGUUAUAUUCAGUCAAUCUACUGAAACUUUAGAUCCUCAAUUAAGUAUCCAUUCCAGCAGUGAAACAACAUCUGUAGUCGAUAUUAGUAAUUCAGAUGAUAUUCAUUUAGAUGAUACAAGCAGUGGUGAACAGACUGCUGUGUUUCGCGAUUUGGAUACCUAUUUAGAUGCUCAGUUGAUGAAUAUAAACUUUUUAGGUGUACCAGAUUGUAGAUUAGCGUCAACAAAUGCUUCCAUGAGUGAGGAAGAACCUAGACGUCCUUGGGGUGUACGAGGCCAAGCAAUUACAUGUCAUUUCGAUUUUAAUGGAGAUGGGAAUGAAUCAGUUAAUAAUGAGUCUGUCGGUGGCUUAUCUCGAACUGUACAAUCGUUGGAGAAAACAACUAGUAGUUUGGCACAUAGUAUCACAGAAUCAGAUUAUUUUACAGCUGCUUAUCAACAUCAUCAUCACUCAGAAAAGCAGCAUCAAAAUAGAACACAUUCAUUGCCACAUUUAACAUUUGUUACUAAUAAUCUAAGUGAUGUGAAAGAUACAGAAUCUAAUAGUUCGAGUACAAAUCGAUAUUCAACGAUAACAAUUAGUAAUAAUUAUGCCGAUGAUAAUAUAGAUGGCAAAUAUUCGGCAGCAUCAUACAGUGAACAACAACAACAACCAUUACUACCACAGUUGGAAUACAAAAAACCAUCAACUUCACUUGCCUGGCAAUCAUUCGCUGAGGAACAGUCAGAGUUUAGGGUUAAUGAUUUGAUGAAUGAUGAGUUUACUGGAAAGGAAAAGUUUAAUAAAGGUAUACAGGUAGUGAAGUAUCCACUUGUUACCGCACGCAAUUCACGUAGUGAACGUGUAACAUUUAAUCUUGAUGGUGAUAAAAAUCAAGAUGAUAAUGAUGAGGUCGGCAGGCAGGAUGAUGUUCAUCGAAAAAAUAAGAUAUCUAUGGACGAUGGUAUAGAGAAAAUCAAUGAUCGAUGCAUGUCAAAAACGUAUAAGGGAAUCCUAAUUAAUCGUUCAAAUCAUGAUUAUGUUAAGGGACUACAUAAUGGAUUGCUACUGUCCGAUACUGUGCUUGCUAAUAAUUCUCGAGUACGAUCCGCGUCAACACAAUCACUUAAUAAUGAUGGAAAUUACAAUGAAACUAAUGAUUCAGAUCAAAAUUUAAGGUCACGUAUAUAUUUUCCUCGAUUUCUGUCAUCUAAUCGUAAUGAAGUACGUACAAAAUAUAUAAAUCAUGACAGAUUGACAGAUGAACAUAAACAAAUAGUUGAUAAUCACCAUUAUCAUGAUCAUUUUUCUGUGAAUACUCCACAAAAACGUUUGGUUGGACAAAUCAAACGUAGUGUAUCAACAUCUGAAUUAUUAUUGACUAGACAACAUUUUACAUUGAAUAGUAAACCAAAUGAUUGCAAAUCUUUAAUUAAUUCUGCAGUGUUGUCACCGUUAGCAUAUCAAAAUAAAGUUAGUUAUCAUGUAAAUGACAAAUAUUUUACUAGUUUCUCUUCAUCUUUAUCAUCGACAAGGUCACUGUCACCAGUGAAUCAUCACAGCCAAUCCGAACAAACGGCGUUUAAUUUAAUUAGUACAAAUGAUGAAGAUAAUUUGAACAUUAAUGAUAAUAAUACUGAUUUAUCAAAAAUCAUUUCAUAUCGACCAAAUUCACUUUGUUCUUCUUCCGUAUUGCCUCAAUCGAUUCUACUUUCAUUAUCACCAACAUUAACAGCACCAUCUGUACAUAGUUCUCAUCUAUCACUUCAUUGUAUUGAAAUUAUUCGAAAAUCCAGUGAUCUUCCUGUUAUCCAUAGAAAGCAUAAAGCAACAAGUGAUUCACAUUUGAAUUGCUUUAAUAAACAGUUAUUGUGCAAUAAUCAAAAACUACAUCAAUCAAAUAGUCAUCAUCGGUGUUAUCAUUUUUCAUGUGUUAAUGAAAGCACUCAUAAUGUUGAUUCAUCUGAGUGUACUUCUUUGAAUAAAAUCGUAUCAGUUCAACCAAUACAAAGAUUAUGCAAUUGGAAGUAUCCACUAAUUACUGAACAAAAAUGGAUUGCAUUAGAACCUUUAUCGAACUCAACCUGUUUACACUUCGAUGAACAACAAAAGUUAAUAUCGCUACUGAUGGGACUUCCACAAUUGUAUCAGGAGAUCGUUUCACGCUAUAUUAAUGCUGUUAACGAUACGAUCGAUUUGUCUGUUUGUUGUUGGACUGAAUCAAGCCGAUUGAAUUGUUUAGCGAAAUUAGUCGAAAAAAUCAAAACCUAUUUGAGACCACCUUGGUUUUUUUGUCGUUUAUGUCAGGAUGAUCUUACUGAGACGGUUCAUUCUUAUUUAAUAAGUAACAUGAUUCAUUUAUUGGAAAAACACCAAGGAAUCCAAAAUCAAUUUGAAAAACUUUAUAAUCUAUUACAAUCUGAAAAUACCAGAGAUACAAUUAUCCAAAUAUUCUGUAAUAUGUUCACUAACUUAAUAGAAUUUGUGAAAUAUUCAUAUGCUAGUGUUGAAACCAUUUAUGUUAAUUUAUCCAAGUUGAAGAAAAAUGAAAUCCUAUUACCUGCAAUACUGGAUCGAUCUUGUCGUUUCCAAUAUUUACUAAAGUGUGUUCUAUUAGGUCUAGAUUUGACCAGUGAUAUCAAUAAUCAUGAGGAUAACAGCGAUGUACCUAUCAAACCAGCUAUUUGCAAUGAGCCCGCUGCUUUAAAAAAUCAACUAUGUGAAUUCCUAGCAAACAUGCUGACAAGUUUUCUAAACGAUGAAUUAUUAACCGGGUCCAAUAAUUUUAAUCCGGAAAAUUGUAAACAAGUAAUUAGAUUGUAUAAACAAUUAUCACAUAAGUCCCCUGAUGAAUCAGAAGUACCGAUUGAUAUGAUGAUCAAUAUACUGAAUAUUUUUGCAAAUUAUGUCUGGGAAAGGGACUCCACUUCAUAUAUUGCAUAUCUUCCGUUACCGGCGCUUGACAAAGACAUAAACGACCAACUAGAUACUACCAAUUACUGCGCUUAUUUAACUGAAAACCUACACAACCUCGUAUUAAAUGAUAGUGUUAAUGAUGGCGGUAAAUUAUGUUGACUAACACACCAUAGUGUUUUUUCAAUUUUAUUUUGUGAUUACACGAGAAAGAUUCACUGCUGACAUUUUUCCCAGCUUACGAUCAAUACACUUUCGCAUACACAGUACAAAAUAUACGGUAAAUUUGGACGGAUAUUUUUGUACAAGCAACUGUUUUCAAAUCUGUUUAAAAGAAAGAACUAAAUUUUCUGAAUAUAUUCCUUUCCUAGUUCUUUUCACUGAGAUAAGACAUAAUUAACUUCCAUCCAAUAUUUCACUUUGUUAUUAUGUGUAUUUCCUUACAGUGUAUAAAAUAACACUAUGCUUUUCUGAUUUACUUGGUUUUAUAUGUAAAUUUUGUUCAGAAAAGUGCGGUUAGUGAAACCUUAGUUUUGUAGUGUACUGAAUCGAACAAUAUUUGACAGCAUAUUUACAAUGA